AUGGAAAUGUUUGCUCAAGCACGUCCCCCUGGAAUCUACAAGCCAGAUUACAUUGAUGAUCUGUAUGCAUUUUAUAAUGAAUCUAAACCUGCAGACUUCGCCUAUCCAUCACCUCCUCGGUGGACGAUUUCUCCUAAUGCAGCAUCGAACACGAAUCGUAAACCGAAAGCCGAUCCAGCAAUGAAAAAUGACGAUGUCUUGGGAGAUAGAAUACCAUUCAAUCAAGUGAAAUCACUUCGAGAAUCAUGCUACAAGCUGAUGAACUUACAUGAUGAUAGAGCUAAAAAGUUUCCAGGGUCUCAUCCUGUUUCACUCAACAGGGAGAAUUUACAACUUUUCAGGCAGCAUUACUAUCAUGCUACAUGGAAAGCCGAUGGGACUCGGUACAUGAUGCUAAUAACUCUAGACGGAUGUUAUUUGAUCGAUCGAAAUUUCUAUUUCCGACGAGUUCAGAUGAGGUUCCCAUGCAGUUGCAGAAAGAGGACUCAUCAUUAUACCUUGCUUGAUGGAGAGAUGGUAACUGAUACUUUGCCGGUGUCACAAAACAAGGAAAGAAGAUUCUUGGUUUUCGACAUCAUCACUUGUAAUGGAAACACACUCAUGGAGAAACCAUUCUUCGAAAGAUGGGACAUGGUGGAGAAAGACGUGAUCGAGCCUCGGAAUCGAGAUCAAACCAAAACUUCAUGUUACCGAUAUGACAUGGAACUCUUCAGGGUGCAGAGAAAAGAUUUCUGGUCGCUUCCAACAGUGCCAAAGAUAUUAAAUGAGUUCAUCCCCAAACUGUGUCAUGAAGCAGAUGGUCUUAUUUUCCAAGGCCGAGAGGAUCCCUACAUUCCUUACACUCAUGAAGGUCUUCUCAAGUGGAAAUAUGCCGAAAUGAACUCAGUCGAUUUCCUGUUUGAGACGGGUGUCGACGAUGACCAAAAACUCUUCCUUCACGAACGUGGGAGAAAGAAGCUGAUGGAAGGGCAAAAAGUUGAAUUCAGAGACGGUUUGGAUCCGAAAUCGUGUUCAGGGAUGAUCAUCGAGUGUUGUUGGGACAACGAGGAACAGCUGUGGGUCUAUAUGAGGAAGAGAAGCGAUAAAUCGAACCCCAAUGAUUUCAAUACCUACAUGAAGGUGAUGAGAAGCAUAAAUGAUAAUAUUACGGCGGACAUUUUAUUGAAAGGGGUAGAAGAGAUCAUUAGAUUGCCUAUGUAUAAACAUCCUCGUACUACCAAGUUGAGUUUUAAAUACUUGCAUAUAUUUAUAAGUGUAUUUCUUAUAAUAUUUAUAUGUUAUAUGAAAAAAGAUUAA